AUGGGUGAUAUAAAGCCUAAUUCUGCUGGGGUUUCUUUGACGCAAGUUGUAGAUGCAUUACAAAUGUUUGCUAAGUUACGACUUGCAGCUUCUUGGGAUAACGUGGGAUUGCUCAUUGAACCCACAGAAUCAAAAGUAGUCUCUCAUAUUCUUUUAACAAAUGAUCUAACUGAAGAUGUUAUGCAAGAAGCGUUAGACUUGAAAACUGAUAUGAUAAUCACCUAUCAUCCACUAAUAUUUGCACCUAUGAAGUCUGUGACAACUCGUUCGUGGAAGGAGAGAAUUGUAGCCAAAUGUCUAGAAAACAAAAUAGCUGUGUACUGUCCACAUACCACUUUUGAUUCAGUGAAAGGGGGAGUGAAUGAUUGGUUGGCUUCAGCAUUUGAAAAUGUACUUGAUACUAGCAAACCCAUAGAACCGAAUAGUGAUAAUUUGGAGUAUGGUUUUGGAAGAUUAUGCAGCUUGAAGAAAAAAAUUUCCAUUGAGGAAGCUGUACAAUUAGUGAAGCAGCGCACUGGUUUAAAUCACGUUAGAUUGGCACGCGCUCGUCAAACAGAUGGUUUUAUUAGUACUGUCGCGCUCUGUGCUGGAUCUGGGGUGUCUGUUUUAAAAAACGUACCUGCCGAUUUAUAUCUCACAGGAGAGAUGUUGCACCACGAUGUCCUGGAUGCCGUCCACAAAGGAACUAGCGUGAUAUUAACAAACCAUUCUGACUCUGAACGUGGAUUUUUGAAAUUAUUCUCGUGCACCUUGCAUGACAUGUUAAACAAGUCUGUGGUGAUAACUGUAUCUAAGAAUGAUGCAGAUCCUUUAACAACCGUUUAACUUGCAUUAAAGAAAGACAAGUCGGUGUAAACAUGGGGAUG